AUGGAGAGUUGGACGAAGAACAGGAAGGGAAUUGGGUCUGUCGAUAAGAGCAGAAUCAAACAAGAAAUUGGUGCUGUUAAUCUCAGAAGACCUGUUGGGUUUGGUGAACAAGUUGCUGCUGGUUGGCCUUCUUCGCUUAGUGUUGUUGCUCGUGAAGCUAUUUAUGGUUGGAUUCCUCUUCGUGCUGAAAGUUUCGAGAAAUUGGAAAAGAUUGGACAAGGUACAUACAACAGUGUUUUCCAAGCACGAGAGCUUGCAACUGGGAGGAUGCUUGCCUUAAAGAAAGUUCGGUUCGAUAACUUUGAGCCAGAAAGUGUGAGAUUUAUGUCGCGGGAAAUAAUGAUUCUCCGCAAACUGGAGGGACUAAUUACUUCUAGACUGUCAACUAGUGUAUAUCUUGUUUUCGAGUACACGGAACAUGAUAUUGUUGGUUUAUCAUCUUGUCCUGACAUCAAGUUCAGUGAAUCACAGGUUAAAUGCUAUAUGCAUCAACUACUAUCUGGCCUUGAACACUGUCAUUCAAGAGGUAUAAUGCACAAAGAUAUCAAGGGAUCCAACCUUCUUGUUAGUGAUGAUGGAGUUCUGAAGAUAGCUGAUUUUGGCCUGGCAAAUUUUGUUAGUGUCGGGCACAUUCAACCAUUAACUAGUCGAGUUGUUACUUUAUGGUAUCGGCCUCUUGAACUUUUGCUUGGAUCCACCAGUUAUGGGCAAUUUGUUGAUCUAUGGAGUGUUGGUUGUUUAUUCUGUUGA